AUGCCCUAUACGAGGAACAGUGGCCCUACGAGUGCAAAUGAUCCUUCAAGCAGAACUGAAAAUGAUCCUAACGGCGGCCAUUGCGGCCAAGCCUUGGGCUUCUCAUCCAAUUCUUCCCACACUUCCGGUACUCCCAGUUAUCAACAUCAACAGCAGACCACCAGUGGUUACCAAUAUCCACAUGGGAACCAAAACCUCAGGCCUCCUCCUCUCAACGCUGGCUAUCACUUCAGGGACAACUCUAUGAAGCGCUCCUCUUGUCACGGCACCAGCGAUUCUGGCUAUACUACCAGAGUCCCUUCAGUGGCUAGCCCACAACCACAACAGAGCUAUCCGGUCCAGAGCUACCCAGUCCAAAGCUAUCCAGUCCAAAGUUACCCAGUCCACAGCUAUGUUCCCAGUCGCCAGCUGGGCCCACAGAAAGCAGACCGUCCUGGUAUUGAGGUCGUUCAUACUGCUCAUGAGCGAAAGCUCAGGUAG